AUGUCAAACUCAAAUAUCACUAUUAUAUUGGAUAAAAAAAAUAGAACAUUACCUAAGCCCUUUAAUAAUAGACCAGGGUAUGAUAUGAAACAUGUUGCUUCAUAUGUCUCAAAAUAUGCUG